AUGGCGAGCGCCUCGGAGAUAGAGCUUUCUCAAGCCCACGAGCAACUUCGACGCAAGACGGUGAAGCACAGAGUGGGGAAGCUCGAGGGCGUUGGCGAAGACGAGAGCGUGGACAUCGGCGGCGUGAAGGACGUCGCCAUCGACUUCCUGGCGGGGGUGGUCUCGGGCAUUUCCGGGAUAGUCGUGGGGCAGGCCGCCGCUGACCCGAUGGACCCGAACACGCGGAGCAUGACGGCGUGCUUCCGGCACGUGUACAAGACGGCCGGCGGCGGCGUACCGGGAGUGAGGCGCUUCUUUCGAGGGGUUUCGACGACCGUGGUGCGCGCGGUGCCCGUGAACGCCGCCAUCUUCCCCACCUUCGAGUGGACGGUGAAGGUGUUGAAUAAGGCUUUCCCUUCUUCCAGCUGA